AUGGAUCCCUCUCCAUCGUCCGGGGUCUACAGCCCAGAAUUCAUGGAUUACGAAUCAGAUGGCCGAGCUUCUACCGUCUCUUUCUCUGCCCAAAGUCCUGCGACAUUGGCAGCUCAAAGCGAUACCACGUUCGUAAUCAAACACAACGCUACAGCAGAGUUAUACCAGCAGUUUAAAGACGAUGUUGACUACAUUUUUACUGGAAAUGCUUCUGUCAAAGACCAAAACACUUUACUCAGUGUAAGUUUGGAUUUUUGAAAGUUUUCUUUCGUAAUUUUAGGUAAUACUGGGCCUUAGUUAUUGAAAAAAUACAUAAACGCCUAAAUUUGUCAAUUACUGAAUGCAAUAUGAUUUUUUUACAAUAAAAUACAAUAAAAUAAAAAGUAAAAAGUGUAAAUAAAAAGUAAAAUAAUUGUCAUUUCAGCGCAUUCCAAUGACUCUGGAAGCUCUAAUAACAGCGUUCAACGACGAAAAACAGUACCUAAUGGGUGAAGUGCUCUGCAACUGGGCCAUAAAGCAACAAAAGUUGACGGUAGCAACUUUAUGGACCCAACAACAGAACUACAACCUCUUGUCAGCUAUUGAUACCCAAUUCGAAUACUUUGGAGAGCUUUUGGAGCAAACCUUAAGUGGACUGAAUUAUUUGGCCGAACACUUCCCCAAUCGAGGCUUUGAAGAGUUUUUGACCAGAGUAAAACAUAUUACUCAUUACUUUUUGUUCUACUCAAUAAUCGUGUCAAAGCAACCACCUUCAGUUGUGGUAAAGUGUGGAGAAGCCGAGAAUCAUCGACGUUCCAGAUUCUGGUUUAACACUGAAAUCAGGUGAGUGUGCUUGCCUAAUCUUGUCAUAUUUUCUUAAAAAAUCUGUUUUUAAAUCAUUUUUAAUCAUAUUUGCCUAAUGGAAAUUUUUUUUCUUCUGCUACCACUAAAGAUACUCUUCAUAACCUUCCAAGACUAAAAUAAUGCCUAAAAUAACCAAACUGAAGUGUUUUGUUUUUACUUUCCAAUUUGAAACACUAUGAAAACAGUUUUUCGACAAAUUUCCGUGUGAUCGCCGAACGCGGUCCGACCUUGUGAACGUAUUAUACGAACAAAAAUAAACCUUUAUAGAAUCCUGGGUGGACGAGCAUUUAAUCUGCACAAGAAUUCCGAGAAUCUACAAGUACAAUGUUUUUUGAUCACCGACGACACAGCCAAAAGACUGUUGAGCAAUGCUUAUCAUGAAGUGUAAGUUCUUUUCGAUUUACGAUAGCUCAAAUUUGUUCAAGAUACGAUAGCUCAAUAAAAAGGCCAUAUAUAUGAUAUCAGUGAAAGACCAUAGUAAAGAUAAAGACACCAGAGUUCAGCUAAAGUUACCAGAGCACAGUUAAUACCUUAGUACCUAAAACACCAUAGCCUUACAUAUAUUAUUCAAAUGACUUUCAGAUAUGAAAACGAAGAGUUUCUGAUAGAACCUCCAGCCUCGAUCCUCCAUUCAGAGAUCCACCACGGUUUAGCAGCCAAAUUCGACGAUAUGAGAGUAUCCAAGAAAGGACAGCUUCGUCGAGACUCUGUAGCCACUAAACGCUAUUGCCUCUGCUACAACAUCCGAGUGACCGCUUCACAUGGUAUCGACCUGAUUGGAAAGAAAGUUUCUUUGCCAUUUGCAAUCCUGGUCGGUCCCAAGACUGACGUUGAGGCCAAACUGUUUUUGGAGCGAAGUUUUGCGGACUUGGUACGAAAACCAUUGAGUGACACGCCUACUAUCGCAUCGUACCGUGACAUGGCAGACGCUUUAGAGAUGAAGUUUCAGUCGAUUUUGGAAACACCACAAAAGUCGACUGAUACCAUUCCAUUGAUUCAACCAAAGCCUUUUAGUAACAAUGUAAGUUACAUUAUAGUAGUGCUUUGUUAGUCAAAAGUCAAAAAAUAUAGAGAAAAAUGACAAAAUGAAUCUCUUGGAACACGUGUCUUAUACAAUUAUCAAUUCCAGAUCAAGCACCACAUAAUCCACAGACUGAAGCCAGACAACAACGCCCAGAUUGCUUUGGAGAACUUCAUGAAACUCCCCGUAGCCGAAGAAUUCUGUUUGAAGCGAGGAUCUACCACAGAAGGCGAAUGGAAGUUGGUACCAUAUUACGAAUGGUUCUUCAAAUUGGCCGAAAUGCUCAACAAAUACAUGCUACAGAUGUGGAACGACGGUCUGAUCUACGGAUUCUGUGGAAAAGAUGAAGCCGAGCACCUUCUGAACGAUUGCCCCAGAUCAACGCUUUUGGUGAGGUUCAGCGACAUUGAGUUUGGAAAGAUCAAAGUUAGUGUCAAGGAUCGAACUGGAGGUAUGUUACUAGACUUAUUUAUUAUAAACAGUAUUAUGAGGGGCAUUUCUUACUCUAAAUACUGUAAAAAGCAAGGUAAGCCAAUUAAGUAUAAGCCCUAUCAAUAGGAAGACCAUGAUGACCCCAGAAUAAAUCUUAUAUUGUCAUAGCUAAUCCUUUAGUUAUCCGCCAUCACUGGUACGACCAAACAGACCUCCAAUCCCGACCGCUAAGCCGAGAAUUGUUGUCGAACAACAAGUACAAUGGAGUCGAGUUCAUCUACCCCAACUUCCAAAUAGACAUGGCCUUAGGGGGCAGAGAAGCCGGCAACACGAACGUACGAAAGCCCCGACAUCUACAACCAACUCCUGUAUACUUCGACAAUCAAGAAGCUGCGGUAGCCAACUUCUAA